AUGAAAUAUACACCGGAAGUUGUCUCCCUUAUGGACAGUAAUUGCACAAUUGGUCUCAAAUUAGGGCGUGGAACUGAGCUGAAAAUAUCGUCGGAGAUACUCAUGCACCCAGGCUUUCAAGAGCUCAGUAAGUUGGUGAAGGACUGCAAUUGUCGCAUUGGCAUGGAUGGACCCCGAGUUCUAAUAGAUUCAUUGGCGAACGAUGAGUUUCUUGCCUUCCAGCUGCGCGUUCAAAGUUCCAGCUUUAUCAUUGAGCACAACGAUUUGUAUGACGGUAAACAUUACUUUGUGGUGCUUAAUUCGCAGGAGCCGUUCCCGGUUCGAGAAUAG